UCUGAUUAAAUGAGAGACUUGGACAUAUUUUGAUGUGGUUUGUGUUAUUUUUUUUUUUUCCCUUGUGGAAUUGCAGUUCAAACUAGAUGAAUUAGCUGCUGUUGUGAAGGAUUUCAAGGAACCCGAAACCCUUACACUAACUGGGUUACACCUUGGUGGAGCAAAGUACAUGUUUGUUGAAGGUGAACCGUAAACCUAAGGCUGUUAUUCGUGGAAAUAAGGUACAGAAUAAUACUGGUUGACCUCAUGGUUUGAUCCGAGUUCUGGCUUUGCUUAUUCUUUGUUUUCUUUGCUUAUUGUAUGUCAGUAUGUCACUUUCGUAUUAUAAAGAGGGUUCUUGAAAAUAUAUAACACAUUAAGAGUAGUUAAAGUCAUUUAUUGUUUUUUACAUCAAAAGAGGGGUUCUUGAAAAUAUAUAUCACAAUGAGAAGAUUACAGUUAGCUUUAUAUGCCAAGAAAAUAUUAAAAGAAGUCCAAGAAAUACUUUAGUAGACUAAUAAAAUAAUAGGGGGGCCCUGAGUUUAGAUGAUAAGGAUAUAAGAUUCUAUCCUACAAAAUUAUAAAUAUGCCUCUUAGUGUGUUACUCUUUCUCAUUUUCUCUUGGUCUUUUUUCAUCGUUCCUCUCUUCAGUUUUUAGAAGUCCGUCACUUUUCUUGUUUCGUGUUAAAAGUUCAAGUCAGAAGUCUUGGAGUCAGACAUUCGUAUAUUCUUGGCAGUCGUGGACAAGGCGGUUGAAAUGUCAGCAGCAGAUCUCCUUCUUCUUACUGGAGUCCGUCACUUUUUAGAAGUUAUUGGAGUCAAGUUUUAGAAGUUAUUUCAGCGUCACUUUUCUUGUUUGUGUUAGAAGUUCAAGUCAGAAGUCUUGGAGUCAGACAUUCGUAUAUUCUUGGCAGUGGUGGACAAGGCAGUUGAAAUGUCAGCAGUACAUCUCCUUCUGCUUACUGGGUAGAUAUCAGUUGCGUUAGUUAGUCUGUGUUAGGAACUCAGUUGAGUUAGUUAUUUGGUUGUGAAUAAAUGUGGGUGGUAUUUGUCAGUAGGACUGAUUUAGUACGAAAAUAGAUGUUUCUUUCUUUUCUAGAUUCAAACUGUAUCUGAAUAAGAGACAUUGCAAUAAUAAUAGUAUGUUUUUGUUGUUUGAUAAUCCUGCAACUAAUUUGCUUUUGUUUUGAUAUAUAUUAGGAUUUGAAGCCAUUUUUUCAAAGGAGCACUUAUGCUAUAAAUUGCUUAGUUUGAAAUCAGGUUAUAAAAAGAGAGUUGAGAUAACAAGAAACAUGGUCAUCAAAUUCUUUAAGUGAAAGGUUAAAAAAAAAAAAAAAAAAAAAAAAAAAAAAAAAAAAAAAAAAAAAAAAAAGAAGUGAGUUAUUAUGCUCAUUUGGAAGUUGUGUGAAGCUAUAACUAUAACUAUUGUUUCCUAGCUGCCUCGUAUAAGAGAGUGCAGCUUGAAUGUUAGUCUUUGUAGCCAAAUGCACUAUUAAAAAAUGCUACGCUAUAAGAAAAAUCUUGAAGAUGGAGUUCUUACUCUUCAAUAUCGAUUUUGAGUACAUUUUUUUUUGUAAUGCUUGUACGAGUUGCAGAUGCCACAAGAAAUUUUGUCUUCUAUUUUCCAUCCUACAUUUGAUCAUGGCUGUGUGGAAAACACUUGCAGCUCAUCCUGCUAUUUGGGUAGCCAGCAUCUGCUUGUCUCUCGCCAGUUCCAUAUUUUCGUUCAGUUUCGAAAGUUGGAUGGUGGUUGACCAUGAUAAGCAAGGGUACAGGCAAGAUGCAUUGAAUGAUACUUUUUGGUUGAUGAGGUUUUUUGAGUCAACAUCUUUGAUAUUAAGCCAAGUUCUUGCAAACUGGGCUCUAGACCAUGGUUCUAUGAAGGGUUUCAAUUCUCCUUCAGUCAUAACUAUACUAUUGGCAUCUGUCAAUCUUGCUUUCACCAUCAGAGGAUGGCCAGAAUCAUCAGCUCGGGGAAAGUUUAAGGAACAUAGAGCAGCGUUUACUGUAUUUAUUUUUGGAGGAUGGAAUGCAGAAGGAGAUCUUCCUAAAGCUGGUUGAGAAGUUGGAAGAACAUUGCCAGAAUGUUCUUAUCGGCAGUGAGAUAGAUUAUCGCCAACUUGUUGCUCAGGGAUCCAAAAGCCAGGACAACUACUUCUGUCCUUUAGAUAGCAAGGCAUUGCAGGAAUUUGACAAAUCAUGGUAUGAGGUCACUAAUGAAUAUGGAGGAAUUGUGACAACUGAGUCUAUUUCAGUAAUGUUUGGAAGGUCUUUAGAUGUUCCUCAAAGCUGCAAUGGGGUUGCACAUUUUUCAUUUGAGUAUCUUUGUGGAAGACCGGUUGGGGCUGCAGACUAUAUUGCAUUAGCUAAAAACUACCAGUCUUUUUUUCUGACAUACCGGCAAUGAGCAUGCGUAUCAGGGACAAGG